GCGCAGGCUCGUUGGCUCGCGCGUUGCCUCAGCCCGUCGUUCCGUCAGCUCGUGAGGGAGCUUCGCCCUGAGCGGCGGCGGUGGCGGCAGGACGGGGAGCGGGACCGGGCUGCUGGGUCGGCCGGUCGGUGUUGGAUGGAGGCUCCCGUCCGCCUCGCCGGUUCUCACUGGAAUGUCCUGGGGAGCGUCUGUCGAGCGGGAGCGGAGCCUCUCUGGGCGCAGCCAGCGCCGCGGCGGCUGAGAGGUUCCUCAUUGAGUCAUAUUACUCUGCCACCAGCCUUUGUAACUUGGCAUUAUGCAUCCUGAUCCAGUACCUUCACACGAACUGCUUUUUCUUACAGUUUUCCUCUCCACUGCAGCUUCAGAGUUGAUUCCUCACUUUAUUUCUGAACCUCUUUCUACCGUCCAGAAGCCAGGAGCAACUAUAAAACUUUACUGUUCCGCUGAACCGUCUACAGCUCAUCUCUCUUGGAUAUUCAAUGGAGAGAAAUUGCAUAAGAAAAUAGAGCAAGUAGACCCACAACCAGGAUCCCUUACCAUUUUCUCUCUUAGCCCUUCAAAUUCUGGAACCUACCAGUGUUUUGCUAAUAACAGUAUUGGUGCAAUAAUCAGCAAGCCUGCAACUGUGUCUGUAGCAUAUCUUGAUGAUUUUGAAUCUUCAUGGAGAAACACAAUUUCAGUGGAAGAAGGGAAUACUGCUUUAAUAGGUUGCAAGCUACCAAAAAGCAAUCCAAAAGCACAGAUUCGCUUCCGUGUACGGGGAAAAUGGCUGGAACAAUCAACAGAAAACUACCUUAUUCUCCCAUCUGGAAAUCUGCAAAUUUUGAAUGUAUCUCCAGAUGACAAGGGAAUUUAUAAGUGUGCAGCGUAUAAUCCAGUUACUGAUGAUCUCAAACUUGAACCAACCGGACAUAAGCUCGUAAUCAGUAACUCUUCCUCAGCGGAUUUUCAUAUUCUUUAUCCAACCAGUUCUCAGGCAUUGGCAAUACCUCAACAUAGACCUCUGAUGUUGGAGUGUGUAGUUAGUGGGCUGCCGGUUUCUUAUGUUCACUGGUAUAAAGAUGGCAGAGAUGUGCUAAUUCAGAACAGAUGGAAGCUCUUUCAUUCUCAUCUUACCAUUGAUUCUGUGGAUCUAUCUGAUGCGGGAAAUUAUUCCUGUGUAGUCCAAGAUAAUUCCGGAGUUGUGAAAUACGUGAACUACAGCAUAAAUGUGCUUGAACCCGCUUCUAUAUCAAGAGGAUUACAAAAUCAGUUAGUGUCUUGGGGCAAAAUUUUGCAUCUUUCCUGUGAAAUACAUGGAAAUCCUUCACCUAAUGUUACCUGGUACCAUAAUGGAAUUCCCAUCCAUCUUUCUUCCCGGCACUUCCCUUCAGGAAACAAGCUGAGAAUAAAUCAAAUUGCUCCAGGAGACACAGGAUUGUAUCAGUGCUUAGUAAACAAUGGCAUUGGAUUUUCACAGUCCACUGGGAGAUGUCAUUCCCAAGCAGACAAAAAUUCCAAGCCAAUUAUAACUUCACUUCCAGCAAAUACCAAAAUGAUAGAGGGCGACACUGUGUCAUUGUCAUGUAAUGCCACUGGAUUGCCUACCCCUGUAAUUCAUUGGUACAACAGGCAUGGAAUAAUUAGCACCCAUCCUUCACAGAUGCUCUACUCAAAAUCACAUAAGUCAUCCUCCCAGUCAAGAAGCAGUAACUCCAUUGCAGACAGAGCCUACUUCAUUAUGUCUCGCAGUGGGUCAAGUUCCUUAUAUAUUCAGCCUCUAACAGCAGAGCAUGCUGGGAAAUACAUCUGUGAAGCAACAAAUGAUUAUGGACUUGCUCGUUCCGAGACUUUCCUUACAGUUGUUCCCUAUGAAGCCAGUACAAAAACAGACGCUCCACCUUUUGAAAUUGCUCAGAACGAUGAUGGAGAUGGAGAUCUGGAUUCAGAAACGGGUCUCCCCAGAAAGUCUCCGGCCAAGAUUCUGACUGACAAAACCACUACAGAAAAAACAUCCAGUGGCAUUUCCCCACCCGAAGCUCCCAUCAUUCUCAGCCCUCCACAAACACUUAAGCCAGACCAGUAUAACCUGGUCUGGCGAUCUGGAAAGGAUGGUGGUCGGCCAAUCAAUGUUUAUUUUGUGAAAUAUCGCAAGCUGGAUGGCAAUGUUACUAACUGGUAUACAAUUCGAGUUCCUGGAAGUGAAAAUGAACUUAGUCUUACAGAACUGGAACCUUCCAGUUUAUAUGAAGUCUUGAUGGUUGCAAAAAAUGAUGCUGGUGAAGGUCAGCCUUCCAUGCUUACUUUUCGUACAAGCAAAGAAAGGUCAUCCUCUUCAAAAACCUCACAGACACCCUCUCAACCAAUCGGCAUUCCUAAGCAUUCUGUCAUUCAAGAAGGAACAACCAACAAUUUUGGCGUGGUCCUUCCAGAUCUGUCUCGACACAGUGGCGUUCCUGAGGCACCAGAUCGGCCUACUAUUUCAACAGCAUCAGAAACCUCCGUUUAUGUCACUUGGAUCCCACGGGCAAACGGUGGAUCACCCAUCACUGCCUUUAAAGUAGAAUAUAAACGUGUUAACAGAAAUAAUGAAUGGCUAAUUGCAGCAGAUAAUAUCUCUCCAUCUAAACUUUCAGUGGAAGUUGACAAUUUGGAUCCAGGAACUGCAUAUAAGUUUCGUGUAAUUGCUGUUAAUAAUUAUGGGGAAAGCCCUCGAAGUUCUCCCUCUCGACCAUAUAACGUGGCUGGCUUUACCAACCGAUAUUCCAACCGCCCCAUUGCAGGACCUCACAUUGCUUAUACUGAAGCAGUCAGUGACACCCAGAUCAUGUUGAAGUGGACUUAUAUUACUUCAAGUAAUAACAACACGCCUAUCCAAGGAUUUUACAUUUAUUAUCGCCCAACAGAUAGUGACAAUGAUAGUGAUUACAAGCGAGAUGUUGUAGAAGGCACAAAACUAUGGCACUUGAUAAGUCACCUACAACCUGAAACAUCGUAUGAUAUUAAAAUGCAGUGCUACAACGAAGGAGGAGAAAGUGACUACAGCAAUGUGAUGAUAUGUGAAACCAAAGUGAAACGAUCACCUGGAGCAUCUGAAUACCCAGUAAAAGACCUUAGUACACCACCUAAUUUCCCUGACCGUGGAAUUGGGAGCAAUGCAGGUCAACCAAAUGGUUCAAUGCGGAGUGGCAACAUGUUGUACCUGAUAGUUGCCUGUGUCCUUGGAGUGAUGGUUUUCAUUCUGAUUGUCUUUAUUGCCAUGUGUUUAUGGAAGAACCGUCAGCAAAACGCCUUGCAAAAGUAUGACCCUCCCAGCUAUCUCUACCAAGGGACAGAUAUCAAUGGACAGAUGGUUCAGUAUACAACGCUACCAGGCACAAGCCGCAUUAAUGGUGGCGUCCAUGGAAACUUUAUCAGUAAUGGAAAACAUAAUAAUGGAUGCCUCCACGUCCAUCAUAAGGUUGCUAAUGGAAUGAAUGGGAUCAUGAAUGGCGCUAUCAAUGGAGGAACUGGGGUUUAUCCGGGACAUUCUAACUCCCUCUCCCGAACCCACAUAGAAUAUGAUCACGCCCAUCACAUAGGAAAUGGUGGUGAAGUAUAUACAUCAGUCCCUCAAACAGAUCCUUCAGAGUAUGCCAAUUGCAGGAACUGCUGGAAUAAUAACAGGUGUUUCACUAAAACCAGUGGCAAUUUUGGCAAUAGUUCUGUGCCAGUGAUGCCCAGGAUGGCACCUUAUCAGCAAGACAGCCUAGAAAUGAAACCAUUAAAUCACAUGAUUGUGGCCAUGUGCUUGGCAUCCACAGUCCCUGGAUGCAGCAUUGAGACUGAGGAAAAUGACAAGGAGAAGGCAGAGUCGCCAUCACAUCAAGACUCUUAUGGCCAAGAAAAUGUGAGCCCAUUCAAUUGUACAUCAGAACCCAGUGCACAUCUGGAGACAUCUGAUGCCACCUUAAACUGGAGCCCCCUUUUUCAUCGGCCGAUUUCAAAACACUGUCAUGAAAAGACUGAGGUGAUUUCAAACGGGGGUGUUACCUUGGACAGUUUGGGGGGACAUCAACAGCUCCAAAUACAAGAGACUUAAAGAAUGGCCGUCCUUGAUACCCCAGCAAAGCCAGUAACUGCACAGCAGAAUUGCUGUCUGAAGGGACAGACAGCAAAAAUAUUAAUUAUUAGAAUCACUAUUUAUUUUUCAUUUUGAGAUGCAGUGUCCUAUGAAUGUAUGUUUCAAAAUGCCCUUUUGCUGUUGUGUAUUAUUUAACUCCGGAAAAACCAAUUCCCCAUACCUCCCUGAAUUAAAUCAUUGUGACGAUUGAUGAUACUAUAGACAAGUGUUUCUCAACCUUGGCAUCUUGAAGACCUGGCUGGGGAAUUCUGGGAGUUGAAGUCUACACAUUUUCAAUGUGCCACAGUUGAGAAACACUGUUAUAGAUGAUAUCUUCCUUGGACAGUGACCAUUGGAAAAUUAGUGUUGCAGUUUGAUGUAAAGGUUUUAGCAAAUAGACACAAGAGUGAGAACCGGAGGCCCAGGUUGGACUGCAGCUUAUGAUUAUAUAGCUAAGUGGUAUGAAUCAGAUAGAAGAAUCCCAGCUUGUCUCAAAAAUUACAAGCUAUUAGUGGAAUCAUAACAUCUGGACUUGUUGAUUCAUUUGAUGCUGAAUGAUUGUCAGUUGUUCCAGCAAAGUCUUUCUGAUUGGCAGUUAGGCUUAUGUAAGUGAAUGUAUUAAAAGUAUAUAGUUCUUCUUAGGCUGGUUUGUUGAUAGCAAGAGGAACAAGGCAGGCCUUGCAUUAUUGUCACAACAACAACAAAAAUGACAGUAGCAUUUAUAGCCACCUGCUCAACAAUAAGGGAACACUUGAAUGUGGCUAUUCUGUAGCAUUGUCCUUUGUUUUUAUUCUAAAUGUUUUUAAAUUUAUCUUUUGGUUCCCUUGGUGUGUCUCACAUACAAUACUGUUCACUUGUUACAUAUAUUGUGUUACUUUUUUCUCACGAUAUAGUAGUGUGUUGUGCAAAACAUAAGCUAGGGGAAGAAAAGGUAAAGAAGAACUUGGCAUGUAAUUGUGAUAUAAGAAAAUUGGCAGAAAUGUGCUCGAAUGAAAAUAUCCUUUCUUUUCUUUCUCUUUUUAAAGAAAGCAAAGAGUUUCUCUUGCUUUAAGGUUGCUUUAUUAGCCUAGCUGAUUGCAAGUCAGGGGGAGUAUUUGGAACUUCCAUCUGUAGUAGUCAGUAUUUACAUUUCAUGCCAUUUUUGAAAUAAAUGCUAAGAGUACAUUAACUUCUCUACAUGUUGCUCUUCAGAACUUCAUCCCAACUUUUACACAACCUGGAAAGUUGUGGUGCAAGAUCAGAAAUAUUAACCCUGUUUCCUUUGCUGCCUUACCCAAGGCAUCCAGUGCUGUUAACGAUAGUCCAAUUUGUCCUUCAUUUGUACAAAAAUGAUGCGUGCAUCAGGAGAAUAGCUAUGUAAAUCCUCUUCCCCUUUCAAUUUUAACCAGUACGUAUACAAGGUGAAAUAUCUAAUAAUCAGAGACACCGGGUUCUAAAAGUGCAGUUGGCCCAAGCAGUAAAGAUUGAUUUUAUAAUUGGAGCAAGGAAUGAAAAAUAAACCCAGAGGAGCAUGGCUGCUACCAAGGGCAAUAAUGCCAUAAUAAAAUUAAAAAUCUGUUCUAGAAGACAAAAAGUGGUGCCAGCAGUACCACUGGCCACACUGAAUAAUGUGUGUGUGUAUGUGUGUGUGCGUUUGUAUAUGUGUGUGAUUAAAAAUGGGCUCUAUAUUUUUUAUAACUAUUGCAGCAGAUAUCAAGUGCCGUGUGUAUAUAUAGCGUGUGAUUAUUUUAUAUAAUGUAAAUGAUAUAAUUUUAUAAAUAUGAUUCCCUUAUGAGAAUUUGCUGUGUGGGUAUAGGUUGCUAUGCAAGAUAGGGUUUUGAUGCAAAAUGCUGUUUGCUUUACAUUGAAACUUACAGAGAUGGAUUGUUUGCUAUUUGUUUAUACAAUUAAUUUGGAAAGGUUUUAGAAAUUAUUUUUCAAUGUUCUAUGAAAUGAGGUCACAACCUUGUAUGCUAGAUGAGGGUGGGACCAGCAUCCCUGCUGGUUGAGAUAGGAGAAGUCUAUUUGGCCAGCCAGAUUGUCAAAAUACUUGGCAGCAAGUUGCUUCCAUUAGUUCCAUCUUUACAGAGCCCAUUUGAUCCAGAUAACGUAAGAGAUGAUAUUAUUAUUUGAAGGUGGAGAAAUGUCAGGCUCUCCCUUAACAGAAUCUCAUCAAGAAUUCUUUUUCUUAUAUUGUGACACUGUUUUAAGUGUUUUUCCCUCUUAUUGUAUUUUAUUUAUAAAAGUUAUAUAUUGUCUUUAUAUUAUAGGGGAAAUUUGUGUUCCUUCCAAUUAUAGAUGCAUAUAAAUGUUAGAAAACAUGUACAGGUGAUAAGUUCCUGAAAUCUAAAUGCUCAUUCCCCUAUUUAGUUUUGGAUUGGACUGUUUUGCCCAAGAACCGGUCGGACAAUCUCAUUUGACAGUGUUUUAAGUUGUAAUGGCUUUUCAAAAUCGCUAAACUCUUCUGUGAGAAUUGGGACCUCUUGUGUAAGCUCUUUUUCCUUCUUCCAGUUUGAACACUGUGAUCCCAGUACAAAUCUUGUUCAAUUGUUAACUUCUCUAGCGUCUUCAUCCGUAUUAGAUAUCCUUUGAAUUGUGGCAUGGUGUUAGCUCAUUUGCAGAAUUUACUAUCGAAAUAUAUUGCAGCAGAAUUUAAACGCUGUAUCUCAUAGAGAAUUUCUCAUUGAUCCUCAUAAAAAAAGAUGCAAAUAUGCAACUCUAUAAGAAAUGUUUAUUGCAGAGCUUUUGUCCAGAAUGCAUUCAACACACAUUUUGUUCACCUUUGAGUUUGACUAAGAAUGAGGUGAAUUGACAGAGCGAUUUCUAAUUAUGUGGUCAAGAUCCGUGUUAUCCUGAUACAAUGGCUAGGUAAAGCCACUGGUUUGAAGUAGUUGGGUCAACUCUACUCGUUGCAUGUUGUUAAUGCCUGUACACAAUAGCUAUUGGGAAUUUGUCCCGUUAAAAUCUGUGUAACUGACUUAUGUAACAGGUGGUUUUGGUGCAAUAUGGUUUUAAAUUGAACUGUUUUCCUGAAGGUGUGCGAUCUAGCUACACAGAUUCAAAAAAUAUUCUCAGAGCUUUCCCCUCCGGUCUUUGAAAAGUCACUUCACUAAAUAAAGUAUCACUGAUUAAGCAAAACAUAUUAUUUCAGUUUACUUUGAUUUUGCAAUUUAAUUUAAAUUUAAAGAUGCAUGUAUUUUUUGUCAUAUAAAAAUGUUAUAUUUUCUUUUAAAAGUUGUAAUAUUCUUUUUUAAAAAAACUGUACAAAUGUUUAAAUAUUGUAGGUUUGAGCAGAAUUUUCUUUGUGUUUAUAAUAUUAAAGAGAAUAACACUG